AUGUCAACUAGAAGAGCAAGAAUAAAAGCCGUAACUUCCCUACCGCCUCGAAGAAAAAACAACGAUAAUGGAGACAAGAACAAACCCUCAACUAUUUCUAAAGAUGAAGUAGAAAAACUUAAAAGUCCUAAAAUACCACGAAGCUCAAUAAAAAAUCAGGAGUGUUUAGGAAAGGAUUCUCCUAAAAGUAAGAUAGGUUCUCCUUUAAAAUCACCUCGAAGUGUAAAUAACAAUGUUACUAUUCAGUCAGAGCGCAUACUGUCACCUACAGUCAAAGAGGUUCCAAAAGAUAUUCCAAGAACUCCAAAAACCUCAGAAAAGGUAUCAGUCAUCACAAGCACAUCAAGUAUCAAGCCUGUGUUUAUAUCCCCAAGGAGUGUUGAUAGCCCCCUUAGAAAAUCCACUGUGCCUACACCAAAAGCCUCUGUAGAUGCCCAAAAAGUUACCACACCUGAGAAGAUGGUUGAAAGUCCUAAGCUCAAUAAUAAUACUGAAUUAAAUGCUAAUGUUGAUGAAAUUAGAAAAACACCAAUAGUUCCAUCAUCUACUGCUACUGAUAAAACAAAAAAUGAUCUUCCAGAUGAUUACAAUGUACCAAGCGUACCUGAAAGUGUGACAGAAGAUGGUAUGGAUGGUAUUGUGCCAUUACAACCAGUAGCCAGUGCCCCUAAACCUAUUGCUCUACUGAAAAAUGAAAUCAUAUCGGAAAAUGCAGAAGUACUAUUUGACCCCAUUGUACCUCUGCCCUCCCCUAGUAAAGUUAGAGCUAAGCUCCGGCCCAUACCACGUCUUAAUCCUGUCAGAAGAAAUAGUAUACAAGGUAGCGCCAGCGAGUCUGAAGAUGAAAGUCGUCGGGGUCACAUUAAUGCUGGGUCGGUAACUCCAGCGCCGUCACGACAGCGAACAGAGUCGUAUACUUCAGUCAGUACUAUGUUGUCUUUGCCUAACAGGGAUGUUGCCCGAGUAAGGAAUGACUCUGUGUGCUCAAGUGUUAGCCAGAUUGUCAGCCAGCCACCAGCCCCCGCCUCGCCACUCAAGGAAAAACAACCCUUUAAAUCUCGUCGUCAAGACAUGUCACGACGCAUGGCUGCGAUGCGCCGGCGCCGUGAGACCGUCAAGCGUGACGCACUCACCAUGUACGAUCUCAUCUUCUAUAACCCCACAACCAACCCUAUCGUUCCUAAUCAAGAUGAGUUAAACGCUAUAGAAGCUAACGAAAAAGUAGAAACAAUGCGCAAAUCAGCUCCAGAACCGGAAAAGAACCCAGACGACCCUCCGGCGCCGGCAUCAGACGCUGCGCCCGUGCCUCAAAUUAAAUUGGGGCCCAAUGGAGAAAUCAUACUCGAUGAACAGAGCUUGGUUAUAAAGCAAUCAGAAAAACGCACGGUUUCAUCGUCGGUCGUGAUUGAAGGUUCCUGGACUGGUCUGGGCUCAGGUCGAUACAAGCGCGGGCCCCGCACAGCUGAGUGGAACAAUGCGGAAACCGUACGGUUUUACAGAGCUCUAGCUGCACUCGGAACUGACUUUAUGUUGAUGGAGCGUUUGUUUCCUGGAAGGACUAGAAGAGACUUGAAACUAAAGUUUAAGAAGGAAGAGCGUGUGAACGCCGCGCAAGUAGACAAGGCGCUGCGGACGUCAUCGAAGUGGGACGCGACCAAACUGGAGGAGGAGUUCACCGCCGAGCGCGAGGCGGAGAAGCGCCAGGCGCGCCACGAGGCCGAGCGCGUCACCCGCCGCGCCCAGGAGGAGCGCGAGCGGCACAGGGUGGCCAAGGAGCUGCACGUGCGCCAGAGUAAAGCGUCCAAGGCGAUGGAGUCUUCUAUACUGCCCGAUUCAGAACAAGGUAAUGGAGGACUCACGGCAGACGAUUUCAUACGACGCCACCUCGAGGAUAAAGGUGAAACUAAAGGUCGAAAACGGAAACCGAGAACCGCUCCGAACACUUCUCAGCCGGUACCCAUUGCACCGGCUCCUCCGACCGCUAAUUCUCCAUACGCCCAAUUGACUUUGAUAAACUCUCCUAUGGGCAAUCGAAGAACUCCCGCCGCCGGCGAUAUGGCGUCUAUUUUGAAGGCAGAUCAGACGAAAGCACCGACCAAAACCCCUGAACUCCUUAAUAGCGCCUCCGGCGUGCCUUCGAAUAUUGAAUCAGGAUCUUUAGUAGUCCUCACAGUGGACGAUCCAAAGUCUCCGUCGAAGAAAAUGUUACAAACUUACAUAGCUCACGGCGGAGGUAAACUGACCCCUGUUGCUUUGCCCCCUAAUCUUUUAAACUCUGUUGUGUCUUAUAUGAAGAAAGGUACACCUCGGAGUACUGUAUCAGGUGCGUCCUCACCUAGCAGUAUUAUAAGCCAGGACAGUCGGAGCACCACCCCUGGUGUUAUUUUACCCAGUCCUGCGAAGCGACAACGGCAUAGUUCGUACACUAUAACUCAGCUUUGA